GAUUAGUUGAUUCAGAUUAGUUUGUUUUCUUCAAUUUCUUGUUAAUAAAAAUAUGUGAUUAAGUUAAGUGAUGAAGUAAUAGAAAAAUUCCUACUUGGUAUCCACCAAGUUUUCAUGGCACUUAACAGUACCUCAGUCACCACAUUAGGCCUUGAGGCAACACUAGAGCAAAGUAUUGAUGAGCUCAUGUUAGUCAUCAAAUUCAGUGAUGGAAAAAAGUACACUGUCAAUAUCUGCUCUGAAAAAACAGUGAAAGAUUUAAAAGAAAUUGUGGCCCAAAAAGCAGAAGUUAUACCCAGGACCAUCAAUCUAGUAUUUGCUGGCCACCUGCUAAGUGAUUCGACAAUUUUACAAGAUUGUGGUCUAGGAGCUUACACAACCUUGCAUGCAUUCAGUUGGUGUGAAGAUGGAUUGGAUUGCCCUGUUGAAACAACAGUGAAAGCUAGGGGAUCAUCAGAAGGUCAAUGUGGCUUACAGCAGUUUAAGCAAGGAAGUUUACCAAUUAGGAACUCGAAAGGUGAAAGGCCUGAAGUAGUGGGUUUUGAUGGUGAAUCCAAUGUUGAUGGAAAUCAUUUAGCCUCAGCUAGUCAUUCUAGAGAAGUUACAAGAGGAUUGAAACCCCGAUUAGGUCACAAUGUUCCUUGUACUGAAGAACAAAGCCGCUUUUUUGUUUAUUGUAAACUAUGUGAUUGUGUGAGGCCAGCAAAACUGCGUGUCAGCUGUAAGAAGUGCGGGAAUGGUGUUUUCUUGGUUGAUAGAGGCCCAUCCAACUGGGAUGAUAUCUCUCCAUCAACUAACAUCAAAGGAAACUGCAAAAGUCCAAACUGUACUAGUGACACCCCAAGAUUUUAUCUGAGGUGCAUUCAAAGUCAUGAAGGGAAUUUGGAAGGUACUACAGUGGCCUUAAAACAUGUACAAGCUAAUCGCAGAAGAGUAGAGUGUAUUAUUUGCAGAGAUUUAAUGUCACAUGUCCUAAUUUUUCCCUGUGUACCUGGCCAUGUCAUAUGUUUAGAGUGCUUUCGCCAGUACUGCUCCACUUGUUUAAACGAUAGACGUUUUGUUGAACAUCCCGUGCAUGGAUACACUUUACCUUGUCCUGUUGGUUGUGAAAAUUCACACAUUGAAGAAACUCAUCAUUUCCUUUUAAUGGGACAAGAAAAGUAUGAACGUUACAAAAACUUUGGAGCUGAGGAAUAUGUUAUCCAGAAUGGUGGCAUUUUAUGCCCAUCACCAGGAUGUGGAAUGGGUCUGUUUCCCUCUGGAGAAAAUAAGCUUAUCAAAUGCAGAGAGUGCCAGUUUAUGUUUUGCAAAGAAUGCAGAAGAGAAUACCAUGCGGGCGAUUGUGAAGAAUAUUUGGAGUCAUUACAACUUAAUUUAUCUAAUUUAGGUAUUAAUGAUGAAAUGGCUGCUAGAGCAUCUUGGGAGAGAGAAUCACAAAGUUUAAUAGAAGAAACCACCAAGUCAUGCCCAGGAUGCCAGACUAAAACUGAGAGAAGUGGAGGUUGCAUGCACAUGGUGUGUACGCGGUGUAAAACAGAAUGGUGCUGGAUUUGUUGUAAACCUUGGAAUAGAGAGUGCCAGGCUGACCACUGGUUUGGGACGUAGCAACCCUGCCUGACAUUGCCAUGCCUGUUUGAGAUUUUAACUGUUAGAAUAUUUUUCCUAUAGACAAAAUAAACUAUUGAUUUACU